AUGGGGGGCGCCUGGUUGUGGGCCGCCGCCCUGGUGGCGACGGCCGUCGUCUCAAUUAGCACCGCUUCCUGCCUGCAGAGGUCCCAGCCAUCAGAUUUGUGGAGAAGGUCACACCUGUGCUGGCUAGUCCCCUGCCCGGUGCACCCUCCAUCGGGACUCUCAGCCGAUGCAAAGCCAUUCUACAUGUUUCCUGCCAGCAAGACCGCCACCGCUGUCGCAAACCCCACUGACAAGCUGUGCUGGGUCAAGGUCAAGGCAGGGAAAAAGACGGGCUGGGUGGCCGCAUCCCAGGGGACAAACAAGAAACGUCAAUGCAGCGACGUGGACAAACGUGCUUCUUCUAAGAUCACCCCCCUCUUGGACUAUCUGUCGACGAAGUGCAGCGGUAAGGGGGGGCAUGGUGUGUGCGCACAUCAGGUCUGGCCUCCUUGCUGGGUGUCCAAGCGAUGGCGGGACGAGCAGUCCAAUUGCGUGGUGAAAUUGGUACUCCUAUAUGCUGCAGCUGCCUACUGCCCCAUGGUGACGGAGGUGAACGCCAACCUCAAGAGCCAUGGAGUGUGGACGAAAAAUAUCAUUGCCACAAAGCUGCUGGAGGAUCAGGGCAGCUGCUGCCUGGAAUGCAAAUCAACACCCAGGUGCGUUGGCACCAGCUACUAUGAAAAAUCCAAAAAGUGCAUCAUGACGAGCAACAUCUGGCAAGUGCCCGACCCAACCGCCGACCUCGAUGGCCUGCAAACCAGUUCAAAGGGGACCUUUGCGAGUACCCGAGGGCAGGAGGCAAUAGGUAAAGGUAAAGUUGAUGCAUACGUCACGUCCAACAAGCCGCUGAUCCUCUGGGAGUAUGUUAAAGGCUAUCAGGAUGACAUUGGCAACACGUAUGAAAACCACUACCGCAAGACAAUCACCAAGGCUGCCUACGCCAAGGUGUCGGUCAGCCUCAACCGGCAGGGCGUCGUACGCGACCCGGACGCCUUUGCCAGCAGCAUCCCGCACAAGCCGGGCGACUGCUAUGUGGACGUCUUGCACGACGGCCAGUUUAAGCUCAUCCUGAAGUCCACUGGCGGCCCGCUGGCCGACUUCCCCUGCUACAAGCCCAAGAAGGUGCUCUUGUCGCUCAACAAGUGUGGUUGA